AUGUUGAAUUUUUCAUCAGAUCUCUUGAAUAUCAUUGGCACCAAUGAGAUUGAAUCGUUCAAUAAGACAUUGAACGAGAUGUUGGUGGUCUGGAAUAACAAUCCGGUGGACGGUCAACAACAGCAGCAACAGCAGCAGCAGCAAUCUCAGUCACAGCAAUCGAACCAACAGUUGCGUGCCGACCUCACCUCGAUUAUGAGUGGCAGCAGCUCAUACCUACAGAUGCCAAUUCCAACACCAUCGUCGCUCCUCACCAACUCUGGUCUCGCCAGCAGUUGGACAACUUCUUCUACGACAACCAAUCGUUGUUCUCCACCGGUAUCGACGACAAGAUGGACCAAUCGCUUGGAAACGGCGAUGAAUCAGUUGCCAUUGACCACCUUCCAAAUCGAUUCGUCCAAACUCGACGAACUCAGAGCCAACACCUCUGUCUUGGAUCCACUGUUUUCCAUGCCUUACAAUACUUCCAAUCCAACUUACAAUCCAAAUAGCAUAUCCAAUAGCAACAUCAAUAACACCACUACUACUACCACCACCACAACCACCAACAACUAUGUAAAACAAGAGCCAUCCACAUCCAGCGCUGGUCCAAUGAGAAACAACACCAACGAGCCAUCCAAAGAGAAGGAUUCGCAAUCCACUUUGGUAUCGCUCUCGAAGGACCAACUCAACACUUUCUCGAGCACAGAGAUGGAAGAGUACGAGCAUGUCAAUCAGAACAUUCGUGAGCUCUCCUCCCAGGAGAAGAAGGAUCUCAAGAGACAGAAGCGUCUCAUCAAGAAUCGUGAGUCUGCUCAUUUGUCUCGUCAGCGUAAGAGAGAGCGUCUCACCGAGUUGGAGCACCGUGUCGAGGAGCUCACUCACAACUCUGGUUCAUUGAACAAGGCCCUCACCGGACUCGAAAGCGAAAACAUGGUUCUCAAAGCCGAAGUCAAUCAAUUGAUUGACGUCAUCAAGGAUUCACCAGUGUUGACUGCCCUCUUCUUUGCCAUCUCUGACAAGGAGUCAGCCACCGCCACCGUUUACUAA